UUUCUCUCUCUAAGAGAAAGCCCAAUCAACCUCACACAGUGUUUCUCCCUCAACAAAAUCUUUUGGCAAAACAAAACAGAGGAGGAGACACGGUCUUGUGCCUUCAAAUGCUCUUGGCUAAGAACACAAGAGCAUGUGUCACUUGGGUUAUGGAUUCAGCAGCAUGUAGACUGGCAGCGCAUGCAUUUCUCUCACCUAGGCCUAUGCCAUGGCCUCCAUGUUCCUGUAAACACGUUUCAACAGCUCUUGCUAAACCCACCCUUAGAGAAUGCAAUCGAUUUCUAAUCCAUUAUGCCGCAAAACGAAGAGAUGCAUCUUCUUGGACAUCUGGCAUUGGUGAAGCUGUCAAUGAAGUUUCUUCUGAUAAAUUUCUCAAUGUAGUAUUAUUUUCUCCUCAGAUUCCGGGGAAUACAGGGUGUGUUGCAAGAACUUGUGCUGCUUCUGCUGUUGGUCUGCAUCUCAUUGAGCCAUUGGGAUUCCAGGUAGAUGAUACAAAAUUAAAGCGUGCUGGAUUGGAUUAUUGGCCGUACGUGGUGGUGAAGAUUCACAAGUCUUGGGAGGAAUUUCUGGACUAUUUUGGGCAACAGGUAGUAUUCCUUUCAGGAAAAUAUACAAAGGGGGAGAAACGGUUGCUGGCAUUUACAAAGAAAGGGACACGAAUUCAUACAGAUUUUGAGUAUAAGAGAGGUGAUUGGCUUGUGUUUGGUUCUGAGACUUCUGGAUUGCCCCAGAAAGUCCACCAGGAUUGCCAGAGUGGAGAAUAUGGGGGUGGAACAAUUCAGAUACCAAUGGUGGAAACAUAUGUUCGGUGCCUUAAUCUGUCUGUGAGUGUAGGAAUAGCUAUUUAUGAAGCAUAUAGGCAGCUGGGGUAUGAACAGCUUGGAGAUGCAACGGACAACUGUGUUAAUGGAGAUCGAGCAUAUGUAUCUGAAGACAUAUUUGUAUGAUUUAUAAAAAAGAAUUGCAUUGGCACCUUUAGUUCUA